ACGUACAUUCAGUUAUUGUUCGCAGUUGCCCUGUGUCUCUCUAGAAAACAAACUCAUUUUUGCUCAAGAUAAUGUUCAGGAGAAAUUCGAGAUUUUUAGGCACAUUGUUUCUAGUAUGCAGCUCAUCGCUAUUGAAGACGGCCACAUCGUCGUGCUCAAGUGAAAGCCUGCCGAACUUCAUGGACUUUGACAAAUGUUUUGUCAUUCCAGAGGACCUCUGCACAAACCCAGACAUGCUGAUGCCGUUCACUGAAAGCCUCAUUAGUUGUGCGGUAGCAGCCAUUUCCGACUUGGAACUACCAUCAAAGCUAUACCUGAUGGAAGGGAUUGUGGUGAAUGUACUGAAGAACUUCGGUUUCGUGCUUCAAACACGUCAAGGGGACGUGCAAUCUGAUCAAGGCAGACAAGGGCCCCGCACUUGUGGACCUCUUUGAGACCAUCAGCUGCCUUAGUGGGAAGGCAUUCGACGCGACAACGCCAGAGGGUAUCACCGACCUUGCCUGCGGCGUGAUGACCGGAUGGGCCAAGAACGCCAGGAUCUUGGAAAGCCUUCAAGUCCUGCUGCCUUUCCCUUUGCCAGGGCUUGGGAUUGGAAGCAGCUCCAGUUCUAGCUCUACGGCAUCUGAAGACAGCGAAUCAAAAGGACUUGUUUCAAAUGUGUUGGACAUAGUUACAAACCCGUUGUCAAUACUGAAGCCCCACGGAGAUUCUGACAGCGACAAGCCAAAUGGUCUUGUUUCAAGUGUGUUAGAUGUUGUUACCAAUCCUUUGCAAGGCUUGGGCUCACAACAGGAUGAUUCUUCAGAUGACAAGCCUAAAGGACUGGUAUCUUCUGUUCUCGACGCCGUUACUAAUCCUCUAUCAGUGCUAGACAUUCAACAUGACGAUGACUCUUCUGGAGAUAACGAAAAACCUAAAGGACUGGUAUCUUCCGUGCUCGACGUCAUUACUAAUCCUCUUUCAGUGCUAGACAUUCAACGUCGCGAAGACUCUUCUGGAGAUAACUAAAAACCGAAGGAACUAAAUCGACUGCCUUGCAUGCUCUCACACAAUCUCAUCAACAUGAUGCUCCUUCCAACGAGAAUGAAAAACCAACAGGCCUCAUCUCCAGAAUGUUCGACGCUGUUCUUAAUCCAUUGUCGAGAUCAGAUUCCCAAUGAAACAACAAUGCGGCAUUUUCAUCGCAGGAUAAAGAGAAACCUAAAGGCCUAAUUUCUAGUAUGUUGGAUGCUAUCACAAGUCUUGUAUUGGGGCAGGACACUCACAUGGAACACGGUUCUGGAUCCUCUUAAAACAGCGACAAGCCCCAACGCCUGCUUUCAACUGUUUUGGGAACUGGCUCAAAGCAUGACGACAACUCAGAAUCACAAGCUCAGCCAGAGAAAACUUCAAGGGAUAAAAGUAAUACGGACUUCUUUCAAACGUAUUUGGAAUUGUGGGUCGCUAGUCUUUACUCUGCUGAGAUGCAAAUCCGUGGUAGCACGUUUUCGUUUUUCAGAUAUGUCGACAGGCUGACAAAUGUAAACGCAUAAUACUUAUGUAUUCGCACAAUGCAUUCGCAUAAUGUAAUACUUAUGUAAACGCAAUUGUAUUCGCGUAUUACACUUCGCGCGACGUGUGCACUGAUAUCAAUAAUGUGCAGAUCAAUACACCUAACGUCAAGACAGCUUGACGCCUGCGGGUACAUAUUUUUUUCUUAGGCUGCACUAAAUAGAUGGUUUGACGCCGUUGAUUUCCUCGUGCGCAGGAAACACGUACACUCAGUAAAUUUAUUGCUAAUACGGGGAUCUCUAAACAAGACGCACGUGCACAAUACAUCCUAUUCAGAAGAAACGCACAGAACUUUUUAUCCAUCGUAUAUUUCAUUUUACAAAUUAUUGUUGAAUAGCUGUCUUAUGCAGGAUUCUCUAUUUGUGUUCGCUUCAUGAAACCGCCAGGGAAGUUUAGCAGGAAAACGUGAUCACCACAAUGUUUUCGUGCCUCAGUGGGUAUGGAAAAGAGAAUGCAAUGUGUUCGUGAAGGGGGGAAAUGGCUAUGCUGAAGGCUUGAU